CAUGCCACGCAGCAUCGUGUGAUUGGAUUUAAACAAAUGUGCAGAGCUAGUUUUGGAGCCUGUGUAACCACCGUUGUACAUCAAUUAUCAGCCAUUUGUGACCUGAGGAGUUACCUUGGAGAAGAGUGUCAUGGCUACUAUUUGCAUGUGGUUACUGCUUUCAUUGAUGUGUACGCAAAUAAUGGAGAAAAUGAAUUGGUGCGUCGAAUUGUCGAUGGAGUUGCUGAGAAGAAUGUUGUUUUGUGGAAUUGGAACUGUUAUAAUGUGGAGGAAGAAUUGGUUUUGGAUGCGGUCCUGGGAACAGCCUAGUUGAUAGUGUGCUAAAUACCGCGGCAAUGCCGUGGUUUUCUAGACAAGGCUAAUGUCAUUUUCGAAAGCAUGGAAAACAGGGAUGUGACUACCAUGAUGAUUUAUGGGGAGGCAGAGCAUGCUUUGAGGCUCUUCUACAGGAUGGAAAGAGAGGGCUGCCAACCUUACGAAGUCACUUUUCGUGGCAGUGAGGGAGUUCCGCGCUUUGAAAUGACGGUUUGCAAGUAUAGCUUUGUCCCGAAGGUUGAACACUACGGUUGUGUGAUCGAUCUUCUGCGUGCAGGAUUGUUGGAGGAAGCGCACACACUGAUGCUGAUAGAAAGCUUGCCCCUUAAGAGUGAUACUACUGCGUGGCGUGCAUUGCUUUCGGCUUGCAGGGUCUAUUUUAUGUUGCUAUUGGGAAAGUUGUACUGAGUGCUAGAGGAACUAAACGAUGACCAUCCCACGAACGCAAUGCGAUCAUCAAGGACUUAUGCCAUUGCUGAAAGGUUGCACGAUAAUACAAACUUACAGGAAACGGGAGGCGAGAUGGUGAGCGAAGAAAACCAGAUAAAUAAAGGAACCAGCACAAUUGAGUUGGACAGUUAA